UUCCGGGUGGGAGGGCAGGCGGUUGCUAGGGGAGGCGGCGUUGCUAGGGGAGGCCCGGCCGCCGCCAUGGCGGGGAACCGCAUGCAGAAGAUCGGGAGCGUGUUCAGCCGGACCCGCAACCUGCUCCGCAUCGGGGUGAUCGAGAAGCCGCUGUGGUUCGACGUCUACGCUGCCUUCCCCCCGCUGAGGGAGCCCGUCUACCGGGUGCCGCGGCCGCGCUACGGCAAGGUGAAGGACGUCGUCCCCCCCAUCUUCUACCGGGAGGACGAAGUGCGAGCGAGAUUUUACAAAAUUUACGGCAGUGGUCCCAGACCUUUCGACCUGUCGCAGCCAAACCACAAAUCGACUUGUCAGAGGUUUGUCGAGAAAUACAACGAACUGAAAGAAGGAGGAAAAAUCGAGGAGGAAAAACUGUUUGAAGAAACGGGAAAAGCCCUUUUAGCCAGUGGGAUAAUUUUACAGAGAAAAGGAACAGAUAAACAGGAUCAUCAAGGUGUUGAAAGCAGAGAUUCUGUGUUACACCAGCAGCUCCAGACUGUGUUGGAAGAGAUACAGGAAAAGAAGAAAGAUCAGGAGGAGCAAACGCCGGAAUCAGCAGAAAAGCAGAAGGAAAAUCCUUCCUAACGGCCGUGUGGUGUCCUGGGAGGGGAUGUCCUGUUGUCACCCGCUCAGGAGCCAGCAUUUCUGCCUCCACAACUUGGUGGUUAUCAGACAUUUUUCUGCAGGAAAUGCCUCUGUUAUUCAGCUCCAGUGCCUUCCCUUAUCAUGAGUGGGGCACAUGUUCCCCAAAAUUGGAGAUAAUCCCCUUUUUUGAGGUUCAGGAAUGUUAUUUCAAAUUGGUGAAUUGGAAAAUAUGAGUAUAUAAGUGAAAAAUUAAAUGUUUUCUUUAACAGUUGGAA